GAUAUAGACGAGACAAAAUUAGAGCUCAAAAUUCAGGAGACAUCUAACAUGUUUGGUAUGAGAAAUGUACAUUACGUGUAGCCUAAUUACAGAAACUCAACUGAAUUCAGUGGGAAUAUCUCUCAAGGGAGAGAGACGUGAGAAAUGGAUUCACAAUACGAACGAGGCUCCUUAAUUUUGGCCCACACUUUACUUCUCCUUCAACAUUUUCCCUUUUAACUUGACCAACAAAUCUAUUUUAAAGAUCUUCUAAUUCUCACUUCUUCAUCCUCCACAGCUACCAUCACUUGUCGCACUUAUUGUUAUUCUUCUUCUCCUCAAAAACUUCUUUUCUUUUUCUAUCUCUAGAUUCUUAUUUAGUACUCAGAGUUCGGGUUCUUUUUUGUUGCCGAAUUUUCUGAUUCUGGUUAGUUGAGCUCUUUUGGUCCAUCCUUUGAGUUUUUUUUUUUUUUUUGUGAUAUCAGUUAAUAAAUGGGAGGUGGAGAGGGGACUGUUUCUGAAGAAGAUGACCGGAUUGCAUGUAUCCAUAGUGCAUGCAAUGGAACAGUACCUGUGCUUCAAAAUCACAAAGUUGAGGAGUUGACCGGGCUUUCUGAAGAAAUGCAGCAUAAUCAACAGUGGAGUAGACCAAUUCAUUUUUCAGAAACACCUUUGAGAAUUUUGGAUAACUAUUCUCCAGAAAUUUAUAUAAUUGACAUGUCCCCAACAAGUCCCAUUGCUACAGGAGUAUGUUCGCGCCCACCAAUCAGUCCUGCCUCUACCAGAAUGGAUGGGUCAUUAGUCCCAUCUUCUUCUAAAGGUGUAUCAUCCAAGAGAAGCCUCCUCCCUCGAUUAAGCUUCAAAUAUCUGAGUUCCACUUCAGAGCUAGAGAGAGCUGCCAUCAUAGCUGUAGGAGCUUCAACACCUGGGUUCGAGGAAAGGUGUUCCGCUCCCAAGUCAUUCUCAUUCACAAAGCUAUUUAUGUCCAGGAUGAACAGAACAUCAUCCCUUCCUGUCCUCCCGAUUAUGCACUCAAACCCGGAAUCUUUACAUGGCAGAAACACAACUGAUUCAUCAAAUGCAAAUGGAAAAGAGAUCGAACAGCACAUAUCUCGUUCACUUUCAGUCACCAUGAACAUUAAAGGUUUAGGAAUAAGGCGAACUAAAUCUUUAGGUAAUAUCUUUCGUGUAAUAACAUCAAGUCCCAAAGUGAUGGAAAGGAGUAUCACUGCAACAAAUAGUGCUCUAACGGUAGAUGCAGAGGUUCACAACGCCGAGGUUGACGGUGAGGAUAUUCCUGAAAAAGAAGCUGUUUGUAGAAUUUGUUUGGUCGAACUUGCUGAAGGGGGUAACACCCUUAAGCUAGAAUGCAGCUGCAAAGGUGAACUUGCACUGGCCCACCAAGAAUGUGCUGUAAAAUGGUUCAGUAUCAAGGGCAACAAGAACUGCGAUGUAUGUAAUGAAGAAGUUCAAAAUCUUCCUGUCACCCUUCUGCGAAUCGAGAACAAUCCGACCCCUAAUGUACGAGGACUUAGAUCUCAAGCACCAGUUCAGCAGUACAGGCUUUGGCAGGAUGUCCCUGUUCUGGUUAUUCUUAGCAUGCUUGCCUAUUUUUGUUUUCUCGAGCAGCUUCUGGUUUCAAAAAUGCAUACUGGUGCAAUUGAGAUAACGUUGCCAUUUUCCUGCAUUCUGGGUCUUCUUGCGUCAAUGACAGCAUCAACCAUGGUGACAAGGGCGUUUGUCUGGAUGUAUGCAUCAAUCCAGUUUACACUGGUAGUUCUAUUUGCUCAUCUAUUCUACACGCUGCUUCAUGUUCAGGUUGUUCUGGCUAUCUUACUUUCAUCGUUUGCUGGCUUUGGAAUUGCAAUGAGUGGGAAUGCUCUUCUCACUGAGUUCUUUAGAUGGAGGAGAAGGCAUGCUCAAUUAGCUAACCAACUAGGUUCCCAAGAAACAUCACAACAAAAUCAAUUAUCUCACACAAAUCAAACCCAGAGUUCUCAAGCACAGCAGCAAAACCCUUCUGCAAGACUUGUAUGAAACACAAUGCUCCACAUCGCUAUGUCGCUGAUAUUUCUUGCAAAAGUAUUAAUAUUAGUUGGGGUAGUAUAUUUAGAAAGUAGUUAAAAUGGGGUUGUUGUAAGUUCAACAAGAUUCUAGUGUAUACAACAUUGCAGUUCCCCCGUCUUUAUAUAUGAUAGUUACAAGUAGCAUCGUCAUUCUGUACAAGGUAGUCCUUUCUAAUUGCUAUAAGAGUCGAAUGCAACUUUCAAA